UAAGGCAACCUCAGGAGUCCAGGUGAGGCUAGAGAGAGAGCCUGCAGCUUCCUCGUCUGCUUCCCUUUCUCAUCUGCCAGCCCUCCUUCUGAUCUGGGAGCUGGGCCAUCGGCGGACGGCGCGCACAGCAGGGAAGGGCGCAUCCUCACCCAGGGGCUUCGACUACGGAGACGCGCGGGGCGUGCUCGGGAGCGAGGAGCAGAAAGUUGUGCGCCCACUUGGUAGGGGGAAGAGCGGGAGAGCGAGGAGCGAGCGCGCGAGAGGCAGGGAGGGGGCGAGGAGGGGGCAGCUUACAUGAAUUUCCAAGUGGUAGACCUGCCUCUGCGCUCUGCCCAAUGAGAUCCGUCAGGGGAGGCACCCGGCUCACUUUUCCACAUCACUUCACAGUUACAUUUGGCAGGCAGGCGGGCUCGCACGCCGGAGCGCUCAGCCCGGAAUGAGUGGAUUUCUCUGGAAUCUCCCUGCCUCUUAGAAGCUCCUCCGCCGCCGCUGCAGGGUUGGGCUAUAGACGGUAGCUUCAACCUACCGAGCUGCACUCCAGACUGCGGACACAGGAGCCCGACGCGCCCGCCGCACGUCUCCGCGCCAAGCCCCGCAGCUCGGAGAGGCAUGAACAGAACCCGGAGGCGCCUGCCUAGCGCGCGGGCACCGGUCGGCACACGCCGCCCUCGGGAGCCGACCCCCUAUCCCACCAGCCAUUUGUAAACAGGGAGAGCUUGGAAUUCGCCGGUGCCGAGACCUGCAAGAGAAACUUCAAUGAGAAGGAAAGCCAAUGGAUUGUGGUCUUAGCAAAGCUGCUUAGAUGAUGUCUGUUUCCCGUGCUGGAAACACGUGGCAGAGCUGUAAGUAAAUGCUCAGCACUGCAUGAUGAACUGGAUGGCUGCAGACCAGAGGCAAAAAAAAUAAGUGUCUCGUUUUGGUGGUGAUUUGCCUAACUGGUGGGACCAUGCCAGAACGGUUAGUGGGAGUGCUCCUGGAUCUCUGGACUCCAUUCAUAGUAUUAUGGAUUACUCUUCCCCCUUGCGUUUACGCCGCUCCGAUGAAUCAGUCUCAAGUUUUAAUGAGUGGAUCUCCUUUGGAACUAAACAGGCUGAGUGAAGAACAGCGGAUUUUGAACCGCUCCAAAAGAGGCUGGGUUUGGAAUCAAAUGUUCGUCCUGGAAGAGUUUUCUGGACCCGAACCGAUUCUUGUUGGCCGGCUACACACAGACCUGGAUCCUGGGAGUAAAAAAAUCAAAUACAUCUUAUCUGGUGAUGGAGCUGGGACAAUCUUUCAAAUAAAUGAUGUAACUGGAGACAUCCAUGCUAUAAAAAGACUUGACCGGGAGGAAAAGGCUGAGUACACGCUUACAGCUCAGGCAGUAGACUGGGAGACGAACAAACCUCUGGAGCCUCCUUCGGAAUUUAUUAUCAAAGUUCAAGACAUCAAUGACAACGCACCAGAGUUUCUUAAUGGACCCUAUCAUGCUACUGUGCCAGAGAUGUCCAUUUUGGGUACAUCUGUGACAAAUGUAACGGCGACUGAUGCUGAUGACCCAGUGUAUGGAAACAGUGCGAAGUUGGUUUAUAGCAUCUUGGAAGGACAGCCUUAUUUUUCCAUUGAGCCUGAAACAGCUAUUAUAAAAACUGCCCUCCCCAACAUGGACAGAGAAGCCAAGGAGGAGUAUCUGGUUGUUAUCCAAGCCAAAGAUAUGGGUGGACACUCUGGUGGCCUGUCUGGGACCACAACACUAACAGUGACCCUUACCGAUGUUAACGACAAUCCUCCAAAAUUUGCACAAAGUAUGUAUCACUUCUCGGUACCAGAAGAUGUGGUUCUCGGCACUGCCAUAGGAAGAGUGAAGGCCAACGAUCAGGAUAUUGGUGAAAAUGCACAGUCAUCCUAUGACAUCGUUGAUGGAGAUGGAAUAGCACUUUUUGAAAUCACAUCUGAUGCACAGGCCCAGGAUGGCAUUAUAAGACUAAGGAAGCCUCUGGACUUUGAGACCAAAAAAUCCUAUACUCUGAAGGUGGAGGCAACCAACGUGCACAUCGACCCACGCUUCAGUGGCACGGUGCCCUUCAGAGACACGGCGACGGUGAAAAUCGUUGUGGAGGAUGCCGAUGAACCUCCCGUCUUCUCUUCGCCAACUUACCUCCUUGAAGUUCAUGAAAAUGCUGCUUUAAACUCUGUGAUUGGACAAGUGACUGCCCGUGACCCUGAUAUCACCUCUAGUCCCAUAAGGUUUUCCAUCGACCGGCACACUGACCUGGAGAGACAGUUCAACAUUAAUGCGGAUGAUGGGAAGAUAACAUUGGCAACACCCCUUGACAGAGAAUUAAGUGUAUGGCACAACAUAACAAUCAUUGCUACUGAAAUUAGGAACCACAGUCAGAUAUCCCGAGUACCUGUUGCUAUUAAAGUGCUGGAUGUCAAUGACAACGCCCCUGAGUUCGCAUCCGAAUAUGAGGCAUUUUUAUGUGAAAAUGGAAAAGCCGGCCAAGUCAUUCAAACUGUAAGUGCCAUGGACAAAGAUGAUCCCAAAAACGGACAUUAUUUCCUAUACAGUCUUCUUCCAGAAAUGGUCAACAAUCCAAAUUUCACCAUCAAGAAAAAUGAAGAUAAUUCCCUCAGCAUUUUUGCGAAGCAUAAUGGAUUCAACCGUCAGAAGCAAGAAGUCUAUCUCUUACCAAUCAUAAUCAGUGAUAAUGGGAAUCCCCCUCUCAGCAGCACCAGCACCCUCACCAUCCGGGUCUGUGGCUGCAGCAGCGAUGGUGUGGUCCAGUCCUGUAACGUGGAAGCAUACGUCCUUCCGAUUGGACUCAGUAUGGGCGCCUUAAUUGCCAUAUUAGCAUGCAUCAUUUUGCUACUAGUCAUCGUGGUGUUGUUUGUAACCCUACGAAGGCAUAAAAAUGAACCACUCAUUAUUAAGGAUGACGAAGAUGUCCGAGAAAACAUCAUCCGCUACGAUGACGAAGGAGGAGGGGAGGAGGACACGGAGGCUUUUGACAUAGCAACUUUACAAAACCCAGAUGGAAUUAAUGGAUUUUUACCCCGUAAGGAUAUUAAACCAGAUUUGCAGUUUAUGCCAAGGCAAGGGCUCGCUCCAGUUCCCAAUGGUGUUGAUGUCGAUGAAUUUAUAAAUGUCAGGCUGCAUGAGGCAGAUAACGACCCUACGGCCCCACCUUACGACUCCAUUCAGAUUUAUGGCUAUGAAGGCCGAGGGUCAGUGGCUGGCUCCCUCAGCUCCCUGGAGUCCACCACUUCAGACUCAGACCAGAAUUUUGACUACCUCAGUGACUGGGGUCCCCGUUUUAAGAGACUGGGAGAACUCUACUCUGUUGGUGAAAGUGACAAAGAAACUUGACAGUGGAUUAUACAUAAAUCAAUGGAACUGAGCAUUCUGUAAUAUUCUAGGGUCACUUCCCUUAGGUACAACCAAUGUGGUUAUUUGUUUUAGAGGCAAGUUUAGCACCAAUCAUCUAUAAACUCAACCAUAUUUUAAUGUUGAACCAAAAAAAAAAUACCUAAAAUAAAAAGUGUGUUAGGAGGUUAUAAAUCUUGUGGAGUGUGAAUUAAGUAUGUGCAGUGUCUAGAAGUCUUUGGAUAUUUGACAUUUACUUGAUUACCACAGACAAAGAUUGGGAUCCUGAUUAAUCCUGGUUUCAAAAGAGGAAAAAAAUCAAAAUUAAAAAGGUGCUUUCUUAGAGAAACGGAUCUGCACGGAAUCUGCUGCUGAUACGUAUCUGCUGCAAGGAUUUUUAUGAAUGCAAAUGGUUUUUUUCCCUUUCACCAAUAAGGAUCCCGCCACAAAUGAUAAAGCAAUACUUGGUCUGCUGUACAUUAUGACUUUUGGAGUUUUGGGAGGCCUCCUAGAUAAUACGGUACGGUGACCACACUUUGUAUAUAAUUGUUGGCCCCACUCACCAGAGACUGGAUAGCAUCUUUAACUAUUGUGUCGAGCCUUAAACGAUUCACGUGUUCGUGAUCCAUUCCAGGGUGGGUAUUGCCAGCUCAGUGUUGGGAGGAGAGCAAUGCCAAGCAAACAGUCUUGUUUGCUACGAGCUGGAUUCCUCGUUCCCUCCACUCCAUCUUCUUCCACCAAGAUUAACUGUGCCACACAGUGGACUACACAAGCGACAGGUGGUUUUCUUGCUAGCGCGUGAAUUUAUUUGUUUAAUCCUCAAAAUAAAUAUUUUAUUGAUGUUCAUUAAUGCUUUUAUUUAUUAAGGUUGGUAAUCUAUAGACUAAGGGGCUACAUGAGAAAAACCCUAAAUUAUAUCCAUUAAUAAUCCUUUAGAUUGUUUUAUAUAAAUAUAUAUAUAUACAAUGAAUGUUUAAUACAUGUACAUUUUGACGAGAUAAGUAUGGCAGGCAAUAUUAUCCAAGGAGAGCUAAUAGUCUCUUUAGAGUAGAAAGUGUUAUUGUGACUGGUGAAGGCAGGAACAGCAUUUUCCCAGAGAAACUUUUGGACUGUUUUCUAUUUUGUUCAUAAUACUAGUAUUUGGUGUUUUUACUACAAGCACAAACAUCUGAAAAUAUAAUGGCUCCUGUAACUAUUUACACUUUAGACUUUUAGAUACCAUAAAAUGCCCUGCUCAGUCAGCAUCUUUCAAGUGGCCCCUACUGUUUCAGAGCAGGUUCUGAUUUGUACAUAAUUUUACUGCUUAUAUUUUUAGCACUUUUCUCCCCAAACUACAUGGUGACGCACACAAUGUUUUAGACUUCAGAAACAACAGCACUAGGAGAUGUGAGCAUAUCUGAUUUGUACUGCAAUCCUGCCAUUUAGAAGUAGAAAAUGUAUGAUCAAAAUCGAGUAUUACAUGCAGAUCAUUUUAAUUUUAUACUUUGCUUUAAUGCAAUAUUGUUUAUUUACUCCAUGUAUUGUAUUCAGAGAAACUCCUGUAUUGUUUCCUACUUUGUGAAAUAUAUUUUUAUAAAUA